UUUUCCAUGAUCAAUCAUGGCGGACGAGGAUCUUUGGCAAGUCAUGGUGAGCAGCCAAUGAAAAGUCCCAGACGGGGUCACGGGUUCUCAAUUCCGGACGUGCGGUUCUGAGAACGCAGAGAGAAUAGUCGGAGUCUCCGGUACCUGGCUGUUGUUGUGAUUCUUCCUCCGUUCCUUCCCCGACCGUGUCUGGCCAAACAUAUGAGUGUUUCACUGGUUGUCGUUCGGCUGGAGCUUGCGGAUCAGUCUCCUUCUCCUGUUGGCUUCCAAUACCGCGCUGCCACCGAGAUGUCUGAUGAAGAAAUUAAAGAGAAGACGUUACAUGGUGCUGCAGCUUACUUGGAAGGCAAGACGCCUGUAGAAAAGACAUCGAUUCUGCAUCAGCACAUUGGGCGAAGGGAAAUGACUGACGUCAUAAUAGAAACCAUAGGUCCAAAUACAGGUGAACUAGCCACCCUCCAGAAGGAAGGACAGUCAAAGGGCUCAGAUCCGGAGAAUUUAGAAGAUCCAUCCACAAUUGCUAACAAAACUGCUCCCGAUUCACCCUCAAAACAGCUGCCUGAGCAGAUCACUUUCUUCAGCGGGAACCCCUCAGUAGAAAUAGUCCAUGGGAUUAUGCAUCUCUACAAAACAAAUAAGAUGACCUCACUGAAAGAGGACGUCCGGCGCAGCGCAAUGCUGUGUAUUCUUACCGUUCCUGCGGCAAUGACCAGCCAUGAUCUGAUGAAAUUUGUGGCACCAUUUAAUGAAGUUAUCGAACAUAUGAAAAUCAUUCGGGACUCCACCCCCAAUCAGUACAUGGUUCUUAUAAAAUUCAGUUCCCAGACAGAAGCAGAUAGCUUUUACAUAGCAAGCAACGGACGCCAGUUCAACUCGAUAGAAGAUGAUGUUUGUCAGCUGGUCUAUGUAGAAAGGGCAGAGGUUUUAAAGUCUGAAGAUGGUGCCAGUCUGCCAGUGAUGGAUCUGACGGAACUCCCUAAGUGCACCGUAUGCCUGGAGAGGAUGGAUGAGUCUGUAAAUGGCAUUUUGACAACUCUGUGCAAUCACAGCUUCCACAGCCAAUGUCUGCAGCGCUGGGAUGACACCACAUGUCCGGUGUGUAGAUACUGCCAAACCCCAGAACCAGUGGAGGAAAACAAAUGCUUCGAGUGUGGUGUACAGGAAAACCUCUGGAUCUGUUUAAUAUGUGGUCACAUUGGCUGUGGUAGAUAUGUUAGCAGGCAUGCCUAUAAACAUUUUGAAGAAACGCAGCAUACUUACGCAAUGCAGCUCACCAAUCACAGAGUCUGGGAUUAUGCUGGGGAUAACUACGUUCAUCGCCUGGUUGCUAGCAAGACAGAUGGAAAAAUAGUUCAAUAUGAAUGUGAAGGAGACACGUGUCAGGAUGAGAAGAUAGAUUCUCUGCAGUUAGAGUAUUCAUAUCUGCUUACUAGCCAGCUGGAAUCUCAGCGCAUCUACUGGGAAAACAAGAUUGUGCGUUUAGAGAAAGAUACAGCAGAUGAGAUUACCAACAUGAAAGCCAAGUUCAAGGAGACAAUAGAUAAGUGUGACAGCCUGGAGCACAGGCUAAAUGAUCUUCUCAAGGAGAAACAAGCUGUGGAAAGAAAGUGCACCCAGGUAAACACAAAGUUGUCUAAACUAUCCAAUGAGCUGAAGGAAGAACAGGAAAUGAACAAGUGCCUCAGAGCCAAUCAGGUGUUGCUCCAAACCAAACUGAAAGAAGAGGAGACUCUGCGAAAAGAAGUCGGCGAGCAGAAGGACCUUCAGAUUGUGGAGAUGCAGGAGCAACUACGGGAUGUCAUGUUUUACUUGGAAGCUCAGCGAAAAAUCAACCAAAUGCCAGAAGAUGCUCGGCAGGAGAUUCAAGAUGGUCAGAUCAACAUAGCUGUGGCAUCAUCUAGUUCACCUCAAACAUCCGGCAAAUCGCGAAAGGGGCGUGGAAAAAGAGGCAAAUAGAAAUGGACAUUUUCUUGAUUCAUAAUCCUCAUGUAUAUCCCUUUGGGUCAUCUUUGUUUUCCCUUUGGAAUGCGAUAAGGGAAUUUCACCCAAAGAAAUCCAACCAGCUUGAUUGCUGGCAUAUGAGAAUCCCAGAGUCCUUUUAUUUAUAGCACAUUUCUGAUAUAGUUUCUGGUACAAAAUGAUGAAAGAUAUAAACAUUAAUGCUUUCUAUUUUAAAUAAGCUGUUUAAGCCUCCUGCCUUAUGUACACUGUUAUCAAAAAGCUUCAAUCUUCCAAUUUCCAUGACUUAUUUUAAAGUCGUGUUUAUUGAACUUCUGUUUCACUGUAAUCUCUUCCAUUCU